AGCAAGUUAGCAUCCCCGACCAUGAGCUCACUAAGCUACUCCACCCAUGAGGAGGUCUGCUGGACGGAGAAAGAAACUCUGGUGAAAGAGGAGGAGGAAGAGAAAUAUGUUACAAUACAAAAACUAGUGGAGGGUGAGACUGUUACCGUGAAAGAAGAAGAGAAAGACGUUUCAGUGAAAGAAGAGGAAGACUCGUUCAGAGUGAAAGAGGAGGAGGAUGUUACAGUGAAAGAGGAGGAUGUAACUGAAGAGAUACAGAAUGCCGUUUUUGGAAUGAAGAAGGAUGAGGGGGAGGUGACUGCUACUGUGAAGGAAGAGGAGGAGGACUAUGCCCUUUUUGGAAUGAAGGAGGGGGAGGUGACUGCUACUGUGAAGGAAGAGGAAGAAGCUUUCAGUGUAAAAGAGGAGGAGGAUGUUACUCUGAAGGAGGAGAAUGCCGUUUUUGGAAUGAAGGAGGGGGAGGUGACUGCUACUGUGAAGGAAGAGGAAGAAGCGUUCAGUGUAAAAGAGGAGGAGGAUGUUACUCUGAAGGAGGAGAAUGCCGUUUUUGGAAUGAAGGAGGGGGAGGUGACUGCUACUGUGAAGGAAGAGGAAGAAGCGUUCAGUGUAAAAGAGGAGGAGGAUGUUACUCUGAAGGAGGAGAAAGAGGAGAAUGCCGUUUUUGGAAUGAAGGAGGAGGGGGAGAUUACUGUCUCUUUGGAAGAGGAGGAGAAAGAAGAAGAAGAGACGACAGGAGAUCUGAUUAACGACGGAGAGAGACCAGACUCUCCAUCUGACAGCAGAGAGAGUCCUUCAGGGGAACCAGACCCUGAGACCCCAGCGAUGCAACACCACUGCUCCCAGUGUAAUAUGAGUUUUAAGUGGUUAUGGAAGCUGAAAGAGCAUGAAAGGAAACACACUGGAGAAAAGCCCUUCCAAUGCUCCCAGUGUGGAAAUAGAUUCUCACGAUCACAUGACCUAAAAUCACAUGAGAGGACACACACAGGGGAAAAACCUCACAAUUGCUCACAGUGUGGAAAGCUUUUUUCCCAUUUAGGGAACCUGAACAAACAUAAGAGAAUACACUCUGGAGAGAAGCCUUACCCCUGUUCCCAUUGUGGAAAGAAUUUUAGGUUGUCAGGUAACCUGAAAACGCAUGAGAGGACACACACAGGGGAGAAACCUUACCAUUGCUCCCUGUGUGGCAAGGAUUUUACCAAGUUGGGGAACCUGAAAGAUCACGAGAAGAAACACACAGGAGAAAAGCCUUACCACUGCUCCAAUUGUGGAAAGAGAUUUUCAACGUCAUCAGACUUAAAAAAGCAUGAGAUGACGCACACCGGGGAGAAAUCUUACCAUUGCUCUCAGUGUGGAAAUAGUUUCUUACGAUCACAUGACCUGAGAUCACAUGAGCGGACACACACAGGGGAAAAACCACACAGUUGUUCCCAGUGUGGAAAGUGUUUUUUGCAUUUAGGGAACCUGAACAAACAUAAGAAAAUACACUCUGGAGAGAAGCCUUACCCCUGUUCCCAUUGUGGAAAAUUCUUUAGGUCGUUAGAUAACAUGAGGGAGCAUGAGAAGACACACGCCGGGAAGAAGCUUUACCAUUGCGCCUUGUGCGGAAAGAGAUAUUCACGAUCACAUGACCUAAAAUCACAUAAAAGGAAACACACGGGGGAAGGAAACACAAAGGGGAAAAACCACACAGUUGGUCCCAGUGUGGAAAGAAUCACACACAGUUAGAGAACCAUUCCCGUUGUGUGGAACUAUAUUUUCCCGAUCACAUCACCUAAAUUCACAUAAAAGGAAACACACAGGGGAAAAACCACACAGUUGGUCCCGGUGUGGAAAGAAUCACACACAGUUAGAGAACCGUUCCCAUUGUGUGGAACUAUAUUUUCCCGAUCACAUGACCUAAAUUCACAUCAAAUCUAACCAAGCUAUAUUUAUUCAGCACAUUUCAGACAUGGAGUGGAACACAAUGGGCUUCACAGGAAAAAACUAUGAAAACAAAAACUGAAAUAUUUACUACACAAGAAACAUAAGAGGAUAUAAAAAAACUAAAGAUUAACAAUAUAAACAUUUGUGCCCAGCUGUGGAUAAAACACUGCUAGCAUUUGUCUGCUCUAUUUUCAUGAUGGCUAGCAGCUAAUUGCUACUUAACACUGCUAGCAUUUGUCUGCUCCAUUUUCACGAUGGCUAGCAGCUAAUUGCUACUUAACACUGCUAGCAUUUGUCUGCUCCAUUUUCACGAUGGCUAGCAGCUAAUUGCUACUUAACACUGCUAGCAUUUGUCUGCUCCAUUUUCAAGAUGGCUAGCAGCUAAUUGCUACUUAACACUGCUAGCAUUUGUCUGCUCCAUUUUCACGAUGGCUAGCAGCUAAUUGCUACUUAACACUGCUAGCAUUUGUCUGCUCCAUUUUCACGAUGGCUAGCAGCUAAUUGCUACUUAACACUGCUAGCAUUUGUCUGCUCCAUUUUCACGAUGGCUAGCAGCUAAUUGCUACUUAACACUGCUAGCAUUUUCUGCUCCAUUUUCAUGAUGGCUAGCAGCUAAUUGCUACUUAACACUGCUAGCAUUUGUCUGCUCCAUUUUCACGAUGGCUAGCAGCUAAUUGCUACUUAACACUGCUAGCAUUUUCUGCUCCAUUUUCAUGAUGGCUAGCAGCUAAUUGCUACUUAACACUGCUAGCAUUUGUAACCAGUAGCAAUGUUUUUUUUUGUUUGUUUUUGUUUUCUUGUGGAAUAUUACAACAUACAAUCUACCUGCAGCGAAGCCGUUCAACAUUUACAUUACAUUCAGCCAUCUAGCAGACUCCCGUCCAGAGUGACCCACAGGAGCAACCAGGCUCAAGCGUCCCGCCCAUAGGGAUGUCGACAGAUCUUCCAACAAGUCAAAUCGAGGACUCAAACCAUUUAUAUAUAUAUAUAUAUUUUGUGAAAUGAAUACCAAGUAUGUCUACUUCACCAUCAGCCCAUUUUACAGGUAAACUACAGGAUCAUGUAAAAGCUGUUUUUUUGGUAAAGGUCCAAUACGCAAUAUUGUAGACUUGUCAUAAAAGUUAUCUUCAAUGAGACAGUGAGACAGCUUGAGGACUUAAUAUAAAACUUGAGUCAUCGGCACCUUUUUGUUUUUUAAGCCUUGGAUUUCUAAUCGUCUAAUGUUGUUGUUAUGAUGUCAUGAUUUAUGAUGUUAGAAUGCUUUAAUGUUGUUGUUAUGAUGUCAUGAUUUAUGAUGUUAGAAUCCUCUAAUGUUGUUGUUAUGAUGUCAUGAUUUAUGAUGUUAGAGCCGAUUUUGACAUGUUGGUAUAAAAAACCGAACAUACAAGAGCUCCAUGUACGUGUGUGUAAAUAUAUGAAAUGUGAAUGUAUAUGGUGUAUUAGUAUUAGGUACCUUUUAUGAAAUAUAUGAAAUAUGAAUGUAUAUGGUGUAUUAGUAUUAGGUACCUUUUAUGAUUGACAUUUAUCUGAUUGAGAUAUAUUCCUUUAUUAGUAACUUUGUGUUUGGCUCCUCCCCCUCCCCUCUCGCCCAUUCAUUGUACUGUGGUAAGUGUGUUAGUGAUAGGAGUAAGGCAGGAAGUUGGGACUUCGGGGUGAGGGGUGAGGGGAGUCCUAGCUAGACGCGGGUGCGGUAUAGUCUUUUGACCAUUCAGACAUAUGAACAGGCCGUCUUAUGUAAUUUUCACAUCAAGUAAUCUAUGCUUUUAAGUUGAUUGGAGAAUCAUUUAUUUGUUAGAUAUAAGAAGAAUAAACCUUUUUGUUGCACCAUAUCCCUGGAUCUCAUUGGAUGUUUUUUGCCGGUUGGGAACUUUGAAUGUGGACUGUACGCAUCCGAAACAACCCUGCUUCAGGUUUGGGCAGUGGCUGUGGUCAAUAUGUAAGGAAGCCACUACAGUUGUUAUUUGAUCUGAUUUUAAUAGCUAGCAUUUAGAUGGCCGUAACGAAUAGAUGUGUUGACAGAGGACACCCUUGUUUAACUCUUGACAAUUCAACACUCUCUGAGAAGUAGCCACUGUUUACUAUUUCACAGCUGGGGUUGCUACACAUAACUUUUACCUAUUGAAUAAGAGGCCUUUUCAAAAUCCGCUAUAAAUACCAGGCCUGACUUCUUAGAUGUUUCAUGGUGCUCUAUUAUUUCUAGUAGUUGUCGUAUUUUAUCUCCAAUGUAUCGUCCAUGUUAAAAACCUGUCUUAUCAGGAUGAACAAUACCUGGUAAAACCCUUUUUUAAUUCGGAGUGCUAUGCUUUUCGCUAGUAUUUUUUGCAUCACAAUAUUGAUGUGUAAGAUGCCUCCAUUUUUUUUUUAGACAGACUGGGUCUUUGUAUUUGCCAUCUGGGUCUUGUUUUAAUAAUAGUGAAAUCAGACCUUCCUGCUGAGUACCUGACAGACUCCCAUUUCUAUAUGGGCUAGUUAAAACAAGCUAACAAUGGAGCUUUGAGUAUAUCAAAGAAGGCUUGAUAUACCUCUACCUGUAUGCCAUCAAGCUCUGGGGGUUUUCCACACUAAAAGGAUUUACUAGCCUCAAAAAAUUAUUCCUCUGUAAUUUGGCCCUCGCAAUGGUCUUUCUGUGCAUUUGUUAAUUUUCCAUUUUUUUUUUUUGAGGGAAAGAAUUCCUUACAGUAGUCAUCAUUCAGAGCAUGAGACGGAAAGGAACAUAUCUACUUAAAAUAUUUAGCUUCCUCUUUUAAAAUAUAAUUUGGAGAAUCAUAGAUGACUUUGUCUUUAAUAAGUUUCUGCCAAUUAUUUUUGUUAGGGUUGCUGUUACGGAUACAGGUAUCCUGUGUUCUUUUCUCUGUUGUCGUGGUUAUUUCGUUCACCCUUUUACUUUGUCACAAUAAUAAUUUGCAUGAGUUAUGUUACGGGUCUCAUUACCAUCCCACCCUAGACUGUCGGGCCAAAAGGGAUUCGUAACAGUUGCUGUGUUGGAGAUUCAGGAAGUGCAGAAUUUGGUGCAUUUGCUUUAUUUUUGUAAUAGAUUACAUUAGAUCGUUUUUGGAAUAAGUUCCUCAAGUUCUUUUUUGUUUUUUUUCUCUAACCUAUUUUGUAUCUCUGUAGUAUUGUCUUUAUUGCGGUCUACCUGAACUAUAGAUUCAUGUAUUUCCAUUGUUAGUCUUGUCUCUUUAGACAGAAACAACUUUU